CAACUUCAUGGACACACAAAUUAACCACAGAAUUCAAGCCCCCACUGAGAGUAAACACACAAACUGAACAUCCUUAAAGAUACGGAGAGGUAUAUACCAGAUACAAGCAUACACUAGGUUGAUUUCCUUUAUGACAGUGAUCAGAUUUAGUGCAGUUUUUCAAAACAGCAUUUGGGCUUUGAAACUAACCCCGUCGUGCUAUUCUGAAAAAAUGUAGUCCACAACACAUAGCUACAUUUUCUCUGGUGUGAUUGUCACAGUUUUCCAACUAGAGUUGCGGACAAUCUCCAUGUUGAGUCUCCUGCCGGACUGGACCAUAUUGUACACCUGGUGACUCGACGCCACCUUCUCUCCAUUGAUUCGAACUAUCACGUCUCCCUUCCUGAGCCCAGCCACGGCAGCCACACUCGAAGGCCAGACUUGAGCCACGAGAACGCCGUGUUCCAGUUCUACGGGGAGACUACCUCGCUGGUGAAGUAUGUGACAGAGAUCCGGGGUGACUGUCAGCAUCGAUAUUCCGAUCACAAACCGCCCUGGGCGCCGGGUGCUCUUGUUUGCCUUGGCUACAAACUCUCGGGCAAAGUCGCUCGGGAUGGCAAAAGAUAUCCCGGGCCCAGCUGUGAGCGUGUUCACCCCGAUUACUUCUCCGUCGAGAUUAACGAGAGGCCCGCCGGAGUUCCCUAUGGUGAUGGGGGCGUCGGUCUGAACGUACUGUAUGUCAGGCCCACCUCGGUGCAGCCCCAGCUCCUUGCUGGGUCUGUGGCAGCUACUCACGAUCCCUGCAGUGAUAGUAUUGGAGAGGGAAAGCGGGCUGCCGAGUGCCACGACCCAUUCCCCCGGUCGCAGGCUGGCAGAACUCCCAAACUCGAGAGCCGGGAGUUUCUCCCCUGUGCUGAGUUUGAGGAGAGCUAGGUCAGCAACCUGGUCUAGAUCGGUCACCUCUCCCUUUAUCACCUUCCCUGAUGCAAGCUUGACAUUCACAGAGCGAGCGCUGCCAACCACGUGAGCAUUUGUCAGGACGUAGCCAUCGCUGCUGACUAUGAAUCCUGAUCCAGUUGAUACGGACAUCUGCCGGCCAAAGAUAGUGUCCAUAGGCUCUGAUUUCUCGAUGUACACAACCGACGGUGCUGCUUUCUCGACUGCCUCGGCCAGAAAGUUGUAUCGCUGCGAGCGACGCUGCUCCCCGCCUUCCCCGGGGUUUGUGGCACAUUUGGCUCCCGAGAAAGCUUUUGAAGUCUCGCUGGAAUCAUUCAGUGUUGCCCUUUUUUUCGCUGUGGCCUCAGUGAUGCUGUGAGGCUCUGGCUCUUUCCCUCUCCGGUAGGCUCGGUACCAAGGCAGCGCGAUCUCAUCCUUGACUGCAUAGAAUAGCAACACGGCUGCAAGUCCCUUGAGUCCGUAUUCGACUAGAUUUCUCCAUGUUAUUCCACCUUCCUUCCAUGAUCCCUUACCCCCUUCCCUGCUUCCUACGGCUCCCCUCCCAACCCGUGGUUGUCCAGUAUCUGUUGACAUGUUUAGCUUCUGAUGGAGGAAGUGGUAGUGUCCACCAGAUGCCAUUUUACCUAUCCUUUGAACCCCCCGCAGAUGGGCCAGGCGGUGGACAUUCGGGUAGAGCCCACCACUUCUGAACAUCUUACAGUCUCGUGUGUGCUGCUGGUGUUACGUUCAACUCCUCAUUUUCCUCAUUACGUCAUUGGAUGUGCGCGGAAAAGUGGGAAGUCGCGCUCACAGCGAGAUGGCGUCGGCCGGCGAGAGGGUACAGAAACUAUCGGCUGAAGCCUUCUCGAGGCUUAGGAACGACCAUGAGCAGUUUUUGGAGGCGUACGAAAAGCCGACACAGAUAUACAGGUUUUUGCAUGCACGGCACUCUUUCAAGUCUCUUUUCAUGCAUCGGAACCUUGCGUACAUGCAACGCCGGAAGGAGAGGAGAAGGAGGAGGACAAACAGACUGCGAAUCGGGGAUUUGUUGAAGUAUCGCAAACAUCGUCAGGUGGAGGGAAAGGACCUCGCGUCGCAGAUCAAGAGUGACAACUUUUUGAAGAUAACAUUCCAUGACCUGGAGAAGGGGAUUGACUUUAGUCAACUUCUCUCGUCGGCUCUGACUGGAGAUGUAAAGUCUGAGUCACCUACUUGCCACACACCUUGUCCUAUGGAGGUUGAAGUUCUCCUCUACAGCUGCCAUCAACAUGUUUCAGAGGGCACGUCCUACCCGUGCAGCAGCAUAAGUCUCGGCAAGUUUGAAGUCGAGUACACUCCCACCGAGAAUGGCAAGGUCUCCUCCAGUCCCGGCUCUAGCACCAGCCACACUCUCACAAUCCCCGAGAGCAAGCUAGUCUGGCGGGGGACCAAAAACAGGGCGACGGGGUCUCUAAUGCUCGUGUUCCACGCCCGAGCGAGCAGUGCCGGCCACGUGCCCCAUCAGAAGAAAUCUCAGCUACUGUCGUCAGGGGGAGUUAAUCAUCAGCCGCAGCUGGCCAACGUGAGCGUGGAGGUGAACCGGAUCAACCACUCAGACAUUGCUCAGCUUGCUAAGGCCAGACAGACAUCCUUCGAGUCUUCAACUGCAGUAGGUACCUCCACCGACAAGCAGGUGAGAGGACCGUCUUUGCAGAGCGCCGGGAGCUCUCCGGCUCCAUCUGUAUCGAUCGGCAGUGGUACUGGAAGUCAUACGAAGGCACAGAGAAAGACGAGGUCGUCAAAGUCGAAGGAGAGACGGGAUGUAUGCAUAGUGACAGAUCUUAAUCUUGGCACCGGUGCCGCUUCAGCCUGUCCGUCCCAACUUUCAUCUACUAACUCCUCUACUUAUUCUCACUCCAACAGUCCAAACCCCAUCUCUAAAGACAGUUCCGCAACUCCUCCUUCUCCUCCCUCUUUUGCUCCCAGGAAAGGAUUCACAGAGACCGGUGCUUCUCUUGUCAGGAAACUGGUAGUGGCGGCGGCACAACCGCCACGAAACGGACUAAACGGUCUCGCAUUUCUGAACGGCUAUCCCGAAGACCACCACCACCCCACGUCAAAGGAGUCAGAGUCCUGUCACAAUAUCAAGGGAAAACCUACUCCUUUCGACCACAAGGCCUUGUCCAACUGCUCACUGACUGUUUCAAUCCCUUGCACUGCAUCUUACCAGAACACCUCUCUUGCUGCCACCUCCUCUCCCUCCACCACAACCGACAACAGCACCAGUAAUAACAGCAGUCAUCAGCCCAGCCCUCCCCCCGCCAAACGGCGCUGUACGAUCCCGGCUCAAAAAUGCUCCGAGAUCCAGCCCCUUCUAGAAGGGGACAAGCCUCCCGACCAGCAAAUCAGUAGCUUCCCAGUUUUCAUUGCCGAGGACCCUGGUACCGACCGAGCCACUAUACAGCGAUCCGAACAUGCAUCCUGUAUCAACGGGGCGUGCGGUAUGAUCCCCUCCAGGGAACCUCUAGCUCACUCUACUGCGUACCCAGUGGAGACAGUUGAUUCCUGGAAGACGCUGUCGGGAGGAGCUGGAGUGAAACGCAGUCUGGGUGAGUCUGACAUGGCCGUGGACCCCGACACAGUUUCAGCAGCGCCACCGUUGAAAAUGGCUCGAGUCUGUGAUGAAACUAAACUGACUCUGCAGGAGUAG